AUGGAUGAAACAUACGUCCAUUCAUCUCAUACCUACCAAAAGAGCUGGUCUGAUAGUUCAAACAAGGGCAUACAAAAACCAGUAACUAAAGGACAGAUGCUUGUGAUAGUGCAUGCUGGAGGUGAAAGUGGUUUUGUUAAAAACGCUUAUCUGCGCUACAAACCUACUAUAAAAACAGGAGAUUAUCAUGAUACAAUGAACUACGACAAUUACAAAAAGUGGCUUCAGGAUAAACUGAUACCAAAUUUGCCCCCGAACAGCGUUUUAGUGAUUGAUAAUGCACCGUAUCACAACGUACAAACUGAGAAAUGUCCAACUAUGUCUUCCAGGAAAGCAGAAAUGCAGCAGUGGCUGACAACGCGAAAUAUUUCCUUUACAGAUGACAUGUCGAAAUUUGAAUUAUACGACAUUAAAAAAUUACACAAACCUCUGUUUAAAACCUAUGAAAUUGACAAAAUACUCGAGGAUAAAGGACAUUCAGUUUUACGGUUACCCAAGAUAUUAUCCGGAUUUGAAUCCUAUAGAGUUAGUAUGGGCUUCUAUGAAGCAAUAUGUCGCUGA